CCGUAUACAGAAGUUUAUGUCAUUGCAAAGGCGGGCGUCGGAAAGACCUCAUUUGUAAAAAAGGUUUGCUUGACAUGGUGCCAGGCACAUUUGUCGGUUAUUAAGUCAGCAAUGUUUUAUCAAACGGAAGAUCUUACAACUUUGAAGAUGUUUGAUUUAUUGUUUUUUAUAUCUUUAAAAGAAACAGAUACACAUGAGUGCCAUAUAAAUAAAAUGAUAUACCACAUGUUGCAAAAAAGCAUGCCUGACCCUAACAUUUACAGCAGAAGAUUUUUGGACAAAAUAUUGCUCGAAAAGAAUGUGUUAAUUAUACUUGAUGGGUUGGAUGAAUGGAUGCACCCAGAAAACUGCGAACACAUGGGUGAUGUUAUUCCCCAUCGACGGCAUUGGCCUAACUGCACAAUUCUCACUUCAACACGUCCAUGGAAACUUUAUUCAUCAAAAAUUCAAAACAGUCAAAUCGAUAUGCUAUCUGAGCUUCUUGAAUUCGACGAGACAAAAUCAAACCAGUUAUUAGCGUCAGCACUGAAGUUAUUUAAUAGAGCGUAUAUGACUUCAAAAAAGGUAGAAGACUUUCGAACCGCUGUGUCAUCUCUAAAAGUCGAUGUUUUAAGGUCAAUACCUUACAUAUUUUUACAAUUGAUUUGCCUGUGGUUCGACGACUAUACAAUAGGAAAUUCUCAAUGUCAGAUCUAUAGCAACACUAUAGAACUCAAUCUUGUUCGAGGUAAGAGCUUUACAGACGUGACUGUCACAGAAACUGCCUCAAAUGAAAGUGUUAAUCAUCCUGUAUGCUUGUCAGCAAAUAAAGAGUGUUUGCAUCACUACCAGCAACUUUUAAGGCUUGGGAAAUUAGCAUUUGAAACACUUACCAGUGGGAGAAACGAAUCAGCACUUAUAUUUGAUGACCAUAUUGUAAACAAAUUUAUCUCAACCGAUGAGCAACGUUUUCUUUUAAACAAAGGAUUGUUAUCCCAGAAUAAAGACUUUAGAAAGGUUUCAGAAAGAAAGAGUAACUUUUCGUUUCAGCAUAAAACCAUUCAGGAAUAUUUCGCUGCACUGUAUAUUCAGUCGAGUCCACAUAAUCCUGAUUUAAAAAAGCGUCUUCUUACGGAAUACAGUACAUUGGAAUCCAUUUUGCAGCUGUCAAAUAUGUUUGUAUUCCUGGGCGGCUUUAGUCCUGUGGCUUAUCAGAAUAUUUCAGAUUUACAGAGGUCUAUAAUGUCUACAGACGAAACAAUAAGUCGUUUCAGGUGCCGUUUAUCUGGAAGAACGUCAUUACCAGAGAAUCGAAAAUGCUGGGAAGAUGUAAAGUCGUUUCAGUCUAUGCAGACUGAUAUCUUACAAGAAAUGUUGAGAAACAACCAUCGAGACUAUUAUUUAUAUCUAGAGGAUGUUGUAUUGGAUAAUUCAAUUACUUAUAAAAGGUUCAAAACACUUGUUAAAAUCAUCCAGAAAAAUACAAAUAAUAUCAAAUCAUUAAGUAUAGAGCAAAGUAGGUCAACAAAAGAAGUGUCAGAUAGACUCUCAAAACUCGAUCUUCCUAAUUUGAAACUGCUUCAGAAGCUAGAAGUCAUUGCUACACCACCGAUAAAUUAUCUCAAACAAUUAUUGACAAACUCUGAAAAAUCAUUAAAAUGCCUUGACUUAUGUUUUGCAAACUUUAUUGAUGGACACUACCGCACAAAGUAUACAAAACUUCCCCGUGAAAUUAUUAGAACAGUAUUUGGCAUGGAACUUUUGACGUCAUUACGCCUUAAUAGCAUUCGUUUAACUCAUACAGACAUUCAAAAUUUACUUGCUCACAUAAAUGGAAAGUCUGAAAUGACAGAGAUUGGGUUGUGUCAUAUUGAAUGUGAAGCUUCGGACCACAGCGGAGAAUGUGGUGUAUUAGAUCUUUCAGGACAUAAGAAUCUGCAAACGUUACGGCUUGGCACCAUUCCUAUUUCAACACUAAGAGUCAAUCCUUCUGUUUUGAACAUGUGUUAUACUGGAAGACUUUCAACCAAUGUUCACAUGGAAUUGGACGGCUGUCUGUCAAAUGCAGCAAAUCUUGGAACGUUACGCUUAAAGUACCUUUCAAAAGAACAGGUAUCCCUCUACACGGCGGGAUCCCUUAAAAAGUUGGCGCAGAUGAAAAGUUUUGCAAUUGAA